CAUAUAUACACUAAUUCUGGUCACACGCGCAUCAGCAGCAGUCACAAGCACAGUUCUCUCUCUCUCUUGCUCCUCUAUAUUUCUAUCAAAACUACUGUAGCUACUGAUACACAUACACACAGGAUAAAGCACACGCACCUUGAGGUAACACACACACAUAGACACAUCGAUUUACACAACGACCUAACACACUAAUCCAUCAUUUGCUUCUCUCUUAUCAAGGAGAACUACAGAAUUACAUUUAUUCACGACGGAUGCUGGUAGACAGGAUUUUACUGAUGUAGAAGUCGCCGAGGAUUCUUGUUAUUCUGGCAUUUUUUUGCCCAUAUAACGUCCCUUUUUUUGGUCCCGGAGAAAGGAUCUGAAAGGAAAAAAAACUGUAGUCAGAAAGACUGAUAAACAAAACCUACAUACAUGUAAGAUGGCAAGGUAUCGCAGUUGGAAUACCACUGAUUGUGGUGGCUCCAAGAUUGUUGGUAUUUUAGCCUUAAUUUUGCUAGUAUUUGGAGUUCAAUAUUCAGAACAAGAUAAAGUUGUGAGUGGAGUUGAUAUCAGGUUAAAAAAUCCCAAUGAUGGUUACUUCCUGAAAUUUCAACAUCACAGUCCCCAGACACAACAAGAAUCAUUGAUAAUAACAGAACCAACAGGAGAAUUACCUGUGGUGCAGGCACAGCUGGGGCCUUUCUUCUCUGAGAAGCCCAUUCCCAGACAUCUUCUGGACACAUCAACAUACAAUGACUCAAACAUUCUUGACCGUUUCACGAUGGAUGGGCGAGACAUCAGCGUCCACUUGGUCUCCUCAAAAAUCACACCAGACAGCCCCAUGUUGCAAAUCCUCAUCCAUGCUGGAAUGAUGAAUUAUGGUAAUGGUGGGAACGAUCGAGGGGAUAGUGGAGGUGUUGGUGGUUCUUCAUCUGGCAAACAGACAGCGCUACUGCUGUCGACGUUUCCGUCGAGGCGUCGUUGGUGUGGGCAGGUGUUCGUGCAGCAUCUUGACGAUGAGCUGACCGCAGCCUGCCUGCUCAACGACAAGUACAACGGUUGCGUGGCUGGUGUGGAGGUGCCUGAGGAGUGGUGGGUAUCACCAAACAAAACAACAGUCACUGUCUACUAUACAGUGACUGGCAUCAACAAGAAUGAGGAGUGCGGAAAUCCCGCAUAUGUUUCCAGUGCAGCAUUACAAACCAACGACUCGGAUGCUGCAGCUGAAAUAGUUACAGAGAACCGGCGCUACCUGACCACCCUCUCACUUUCAUCCAACGACGAAGAGUACAAAGACAUAGAAGAAAAGCAUGUCAUUAUCUCUGUCCCCACAGCAACCUACCGUCCAGGAUCGCUGUUCUAUGUUCCGAUUAAAUUGGAAGCUGACUCUGAUGUCCAAGUAUUUGUGAUUCGAGCUCGUACAAGGAAUGGACUACGAAUACUCGGAGCCAGCGGCCUUGCCGACAGUCCUUGGCAAAUCACUGUGGACGUUAGUGAGAGACAGAAAAGUGCUACAGUCACUGCCACCCUCACUGACACUGGAUCAAACUUGGAACGAGAUUGGCCACAAGAAAUCUUCAAAUGGAAACUGCAGGUUGACAAUAAUUUGUCUGGUUUUGAAGUUGGUCGCAUCAUUUGGAGUGUGGAGUAUGAAGUUGAUAGCAAGGCCAGAGAACAUCACUUUAUUCCAAACAAAAAUUUUCUCACCAAAAUUAAUAUUCAAUCUGUUGAAGAGAAGAAACUUGUGCCUGUUCUCAAGGUGACUGAGAUAAUGAACGUUGCAUCCCUCACUGGUCGAACACAAAUCUACCCAUUACAGAUAUUUGUGGUGAACAAAGAAGGGAGCAUCCAUGAUGUCACAUGGCUGACAUCUUGUCAUUCAAGCAAUGAUAACGUCUUAAAGGUUUCUCGGAACUGUUCCUUCAUCUAUGUUGAUGGCAAAGAGAAGAUUGGGUCACGCAAUGUCACAGUAAUUGCCAAGUCACGGCAGCUGGUUGCCUUUACACAUGUCACAGUGUGGAUGCCAGAUGAAAGACUCAACAUCCAGUUGUCAGAUAACAAACUCAGUCAGAUCAAACGAUGGAAAGUGACAAAGGACCGCAUCUUGCUUCGCCGUAAGAAGAGGGACAAAAUUCUUGGAAUGGAUGACCCAACACGAAAUAUGUGUCGUCUGCGUUACCAACAGUCAACCGUUGAUGUUUACGCUAGCUUCUGUGUCCUAGAAAAUGGUCGGCUGCAGUACUACACGGGCAAGAAGACUUACUUCCGUGUCACUGAAAUGUUGAAGGACCGUCUACGUUUGUCUGACUCCCACAUCGCUUCCUUAAGCGGGAAUAUUAUUAUGGGCAAAAACCCAGGCUUGACAGAAAUUCAAGUAUUAUCACCAACAAGCCGAGUUAUGGCUGCUAAAGAAAUACGAGUUGGUCAAGACAAAGUUGCCAUUCAGCGCUUGCUCAUAAACACAGUGACAGACAUAAGCCUUGAGAUUAGAGAAGCUGCACUAAAUGACCCAACCACUAUUCUGGCCGUUGUUCAUGUCAACAACCAACUGAAAACUAAAUUCCAGGAAGCCCUGUUGGACAUCGCUGUGCAAUUUACAGAUAAGACAGUUGUUCCUCUAAAAUAUAUUUCACCAUUAGAUUACAAGCUAGAAAUUUCUUCACUUAAUCGGCAAGUGCUGAAAAUCCCUCGACCAUUUGGUUUGCCUUAUCAACCAACUGUAAUUGCUACAGGCCCAGGUGAGGGUCAGUUGAACAUCUCCCUUAGACUUGGACAUAGAUGUUUCAAGAAAAAUAUGUUACCACUUGUCUCAAAAACUCUUCACAUGAACAUUGAGUUUACUAAUGAACGAAGCUACCUUGACAAACUGCAGCGAGAUAGUCACUAUGACAACCGAGCAGGUCGCUUUGACAACCGAGUUAAUCGUUAUGACAACCGUGCUAGUGACCGCUGGAACCAAAAAUCGUCUCCCCAGACUUCAUUUUCUGUGCCCACUAUUGACAUCAGUGCUCAAGAUAACAAAAUCUACUAUGAAAACAUCAAAAGUGGUAUUAAGCAAAUUCCUAAAGUGGCUGACCACCGACAAUUCCAAUAUAAAGAGCAGCAGAAUCAACAACAACAUGUGCAACAAGACUUCCUUAUUGAUAACAAUAACAAUGUUGAUGGAAUGAGACCAAAAUCUGCACCUCAGCUGCAACAAGUAGUGAAAGCACCAGAACUCUCUGCCUUGGAGAUUGUCAUGUAUGUCCUGCUGGCUGUUUUCUGCAUGGCAAUCAUUGUCUUUACAGUGAACUGUGUUGUCUUCACUGUACGCUAUCGCCGCAAGCAAAUACCAAAAGACAUGUGUGGUGGAACAGAGCCUGUGUCGAGUGCCCGUGACUGGGUGUGGGUCGGUCAAGCAACACUGGAGCGGAAUGCCGUUAAUACGCGCUGCUCUCAGACUCUGAUGCCUGAGGAGGACUUCAAUGGGAACCAGAUGCGUGCUCGCCUGUACAGUGGUACAGAGAGCACCAGGUCAGCUGGCUCUGCAUCAGCCAAUUCUUCCGCUGCCACGUCCGCCGGGGGCGGCAGCGGAAGUGGAAGCAAUCGCAAUAGUACUGUGUCUACGUACAUGGGAUCUGAAUGCAGCAUCCGCAUCACAGCCAACCCUAUGCCUACUGAAGGUGCAACAGGGGCAGCAGGAGUUAGUACGGACAGUCAUAGUAACCAUCAUAAUGCCCCUCCAGAGUGGGAUUACGAAGCAAUGGGGCUUACUUAUGAGCAGUUUCGAGAUUACCUGGACAAUCUGAAAGAAUCAACUGCCUAAACAUCAGUUAUUUGUUUUUCCUGUCUUUGUCUUGUGUUGCAAUGGACAGCUGCACUUCCUGUGUACACAGCAGCUCUUCCUGUGUAUACAGCAGCACUUUCUGCGUACACAGCUUCCAUUUUCCUUGUUAUUUCGAUAAUUCUAGUGACGAUGUUUUCUCCGAGCAAUGGGCUCAACACACUGAAUGGAUUUAUUAAAUCUGAAGAACGAAGACUGACUUAUAGACAUGUAUAACCACACACACACACAUGCACACACACACACACACACACACACACACACACAAACACACAGCUUGCAGCUAUAUCAGUGACAAAUAGCUGUACACUCACCAGACUGAACAGAUUGAAAGGAACACACACAGAGCUAGUGUGUGCAUCAAUGACUUCCACCCACAGGCCUAUGAAUAUAUAUAUAUAUAUAUAUAUAUAUAUAUACAUAUAUAUAUAUAUAUAUAUGUUAAUCAAUAUUCCUGUUCAUUACAUGGAAGAGUAUAACUGUGAACAGAGAAGGACCUAUACUUGAGUGUAACCAUACAUAUACACAUACACAAAUUAACAUGCACAACAUCAAUAAAAUCACAAAUACAGACACACACAUAAAUAUACAUAUAUACAUUCACACACACUCAUACACAAAUAUAGAUAGAUAUUUUUUGUAUAUUUUCUUUUUUGCUUUUCUAAUUUUUUUCUUUUUGUUUUUUGUGUGUUUGUCAAUAUUGGACUGGGAAGUCUAGAAUUUUGAGGCCCUAAGAAAGAUGGUUUAUCACAGCAAAACUUCUCUCCAAAUGAACAAAUUUCUUUAUUUUUCAUUUCAAAAAAAAGAAAGAAAAAAUUUUUAAAAAAAAACCCAUGUUGCUGCAUUCAUGUUUGUGUUUGUUUGAAUAUAACAGUAUGACGUUUCAAUUCUGGCAUGCAUAUGUGUGUGUGUGUGUAUGUUUGUAUUUGUGUUGUAUGAUUAUGUCAAAGGAGAAAAGCUGUGGUGUUGAGACAUGAAUUCUACAACUAGUUUCUCCAGUGUAACCCUAAAUAACAAAACCUCUGCCUCACUCAGACACUCACAACAUCAACAACAUCAACAACAACAACAACAACAGCAAUGAUCACAACUACAACAACAUCUGCCGCCAUAAGUACAACAACGACAACUAAAGCAAAAUACAACUACUACAACAACAAUUAUAACAACUACUACAAAAACAGAAAUAAAGAAAGAAAACGGGAGUAAUUAUGCCAUAAUUCUGUUUCCAUGGCAACAUUGUGUCUCUCCUCUCUUUUCCAUGCUUGAUCCUUGAUUUUUAUCGUUUCUUUCUUUUCUUUUUUUUGAUGUUUGUCAUCAUUAUCACCAUCAUCAUCAUCACUUGUUGUUAACAACAACUUUAUUAUUAUUAUUAUUAUUAUUAUUAUUGACCUCAGCAGUGAUGAAUUUUUCCGAAUCAUUAUUGUGUUGGACGAAAAUGCCUAAUGGUAUUUCUUCCAACUCAUUACAUUUUGACUUCAAAUUCCGCUGGGGUCAACUUUGCCUUUCAUCCUUCUGGGGUCUAUAAAAUAGAGUACCACUCAAGUAUUGGCGUUGAUGGUAUCAACUAACACCCACCUCCACUCAAAGUUGCUGGCUUUGUGCCAAAAUUUGAAACCACUAUCAUCAUCAUCAUUAAUAUCUUUAUUAUUAUUAUUAUUAUUAUUAUUAUUAUUAUUAUUAUCAUCCUCAUUCAGUUAUGGAAAGAAUUGAAGAUAGAGUGUCAGAAAAAAAAUGCUUAAUUAGCAUUCAGUUAUGUUUCCCUUUACAUUCUGUGUUCAAAUCUUACUGGGGCCAACUUUUUUUUUUGUUUACCCAGGGUGGGGUAGGGGUGGAGAAUCCAUAAACUAAGUGACAAACCAGUUAUUGGGGUGGGAUGUGAGUCAAGUCAAUUCGAUUAAUUAACAUAUACUCUCUUUCUCUCUCUCUCUCUCUCUCUCUCUCUCUCCUGCAAAUUUGUGGCCUUGUGACAAUGUCAGUUAUCUAAUAUUGUUGUUGUUGUUCUUGUUGUUGUUGUAAAUAUGAAGCAUUUAGGCAGCAAAGAGAAACUGUUUGUUAAGCACACACAAAUGCAAGUGCAUAAUGAAACACAGAUGCAAACGUUCAAACUAUUACGACUCCUCCAUAAUUAUUCCCUUUCCUCCAACACUGACUCCUCUUAUGCUGGUCACAUGACCUGGACCCAUUGAGACCACUCUUGAAUGAUUGGGCAUAUGUCUGCAUGUGUGUGUGUAUGUGCACGUGUAUGUGUGUAUGAUACCUGUGCAGUCAUAAUAAAGAUGGUGAUGAGGGGAUGGUCAAUAAAUGGCAGGAGGAGGAGGAGGAUGAGGAGAGUGACUGAAGAGAUGAAAGCUGCCACACAGAUAUGUAUAUGUAUGUAUAUCGAUAUGUACAUGUGUGUUUGUGUGUGUGUGUGUGUUUGUGUGCGUGUAUAUUUUGUGCUUGUGUGUAUAUGGUGGGGUAGUUUCCUCUAUACAGAAGUGGGUGGCUUCAGAUUUAUAGUGG